UCGUUUCGUUCUGUCAGUGUCAGUCACGUUUAUUCUGUAUUUCUGUAAUUUCUAAGUAAUUGUUUGCAAAUAGAAUUUCUAUUAUUUAGAUCGCUGUUAAAUAUAUUUAGAAGUCUGAGUAUAUCGUAAAUGCAACUAUAAACAUGGCGAAGUGGAUAGGUUACGCAGUUUCUGUCAACUGUGGUGAGCCUCUGGGUUGUUAUCAAGGAACUAUUUUAGAGGCAGAUGGAAACACAAUUACCCUCACAAAAGCAUUUAGAAAUGGUUUUCCUUAUCCCAAAGCGCAAGUGACUCUCAAUGCUGCUGACAUCCGGGACCUGAAGAUCAUCGAAACGCGGCCGGAGCCUGCUGAACCCACCCACAGCACGGUAGCGGUCACUAAAAAUAAUAAGAAAGGUCAACGAGCUACUGUUUGUGAGAAUUUGCAAGCUAAUCCUACAAAUUCAGCUUUAGAUGCGAGUCCACUUGGCACAGGGCACCAGUUCUGCCUGAGCGUGGCGCCGAGCAGCAGCCGCGCGCAGGCCGCGCGCGCGGGCGGCUCGGCGCCGGCGCCGGCGCGCAGCAAGCCCAUCGAGAUACAGGGGAACCGCAAUAAUAACAAGAACAAUACCCAUGCAGGUAGCUACGGCAACUCGGGCACGACGCCGAAGGGGCGCGGCGGCGGCGGCGGCGCGUACGAGAAGGCGCGGCGCCGCAACGAGGCGUGCUUCGGCGAGGCCGCAUCGCCCGCCAUCGACGACGACUUCGACUUCGAGGGCAACCUGGCGCUGUUCGACAAGCGCGCGCUCUGGGAGAGCAUGAGGAACUCCAAGCCGGAUCUCGUGCGUCAGGCGGACGAGGCGGGCAAGCUGCGGCACGACGAGAACGUGCUGGGCGGCGGCGGCGGCGCGAGCGCGCGGCGCGCCAUCCGCGUGCCCGACGAGCUGCGCGGGCCGCUGGACUACGUGACCGACGACGCCGUGCUGGUGCCGGCCGUGGCGCCCGCGCUGCGCCGCCGCCUGUGGGACGGGCUGGAGCGCCUGGGGCUGGGCGACAGCGCGCGCACGCUGCUGGCGCGCGGCGCCGCCGACGUGUGCCUGCGGCUGGUGGGCGGCGGCCGGCGCCUGGACCCGCGCAACGCGCACCAGACGCCCGCGGUGGCGCUGCUGGCCGCGCCCGCCGCGCCCGGCGCCGCCGCCGCCGCGCGCUGCCUGCGCCUGCUGCACUCGCACGGCGCGCGCGUGGCGCUGCACGUGGCGGGCGAGGGCGCGUGCCGCGAGCUGGACGCGGAGCUGGCGGCGCUGGCGCUGAGCGGCGUGCGGGCGGGCGCGCUGGACGCGCUGCCCAGCCCCGACCUGGUGCUGCUGGCGCUGCCGGCCGCGGGCGCCGCCGCCGCGCUGGCCUGGGCGCGCGCCGCCCGCGCCGCCACCGUGGCCGUCGAGCCGCCCGAGGCGGGCUGGGAGGCUGCGGGCGUGCGCUGCCGCGCGGCGGUGCAGGCGCUGCUGCCGGCGGCGCUGGGCGCGGGGCUGGGCCGCGUGUACCUGGUGGACGUGGCGCCGCCGCCGCCGCUGUUCCGCGAGCAGCGCGUGGCCUACCGCCCGCCCUUCGGCGCGCAGCCCGUGCUGGCGCUGCACGUGGCCGACCACGCCGACGCCGAGCCCGCGCCCUGACCGCCCGCCGCGCCCCGGGGGACGUCGCCGACGACGAUUCCGAACUGAAACGCUGCUUUUGUUGACGACAGAAAAAGAGGCGCGAUUUCGACGCGGAUCCCGCGAUGGAACACUGAAAAUAAUGUUUGGUCACUGGUUACACAACAAGCGACCAUCGAACGCUUUGGUUAUGAGGAACAAAAUGUUGUGUAAAUGAAACAAAUAAUUCUGUAGUGAGCUAGACUUAGUUUGGUUAUAGUUGACACUUUGUUCGGUGGUCACUUUUGUUGUGUAAGCAGUAACCGAACAUUUUUUUCAGUGAAAUAGAUCGGCGUCCGAUUGCAGUUUCGAGAGAGUCGGUUUUCGUUGUCCCCCGUGUCGAGUUGACGGCUCGCUUUAAACGAGGUGCGGUCCGUCCGUCGCCCGGUCUCGGUGGGUUCCACGGAAUUAUUUUAAAAAGUUGCCGAAA